AUGGCUGACAUCCGCCAGGUCUUCAAUGGACCCUAUGCUCACAAGGAGGGGCCCAACUACCAGUGGAUGGCCUACACUGGGAAGAUCCCCUACCCUCGGCCUGGGACGGUGAGUGACGUGCAGAGGGUGACACACACACAUAUUAAUAAAUUAAAGAAAUGAACACAUUUAACAUGGCUGGUUCUGCUCUCUUUCUAAAUCCAGUGUCCCGGAGGUACGUUCACCCCCAACAUGAAGUCCACUAAGGAUUACCCAGACGAGGUGAUUAACUUCAUGCGGAACCACCCCACCAUGUACAACACUGUGUAUCCAAUACACAAGCGCCCCCUGGUGGUCCGAAACAACGUGGACUAUGAGUUUACCACCAUCACUGUGGACCAGGUGGCUGCUGCCGAUGGGAGCUAUGAGGUCCUAUUCCUGGGGACAGGUCAGUGCUCUGAGUCCCUGCCUGCUGAUUGAUUUGAUAGUCUUGUUAAUGUAAGUGUGUGUUCACAACUGUGAUAGAUUCAGAUAUAAACAAAAUCUAUAAUCUGGGGAAACUAUUUUGUUAGAAUUUUGUUCAAAGUGCUUGUCUUCUCAAAGACGAGAGAACUUAGCCUACAGUACUAUUUUUAUGGAAAGGGGGGAGUUACUGUAAUUUGUUUGAAUGUACGUUAAUACUACCCUGGUGAUCGUCUGGCAGUACUUCACACAGCCUCUCCCUAUGGAUCAGAGGGUUGGAGCUGGAAGUUCCUAUGGCUGCUGACUCAGCCUGGUUCAGCCUGGUUCCUAUAGACCACUGUACAAGACCAGGGGGGAUCCUCCUAUCCUCCUAUUCCCCUAUCCUCCUCAGGACAUUUGAGUAGAGUAGAACCUGAUCACUCCUCUGAGUCUGGAGUAGGGUAGAGGUUAACCUGAUUACUCCUCUGGGUCUGGUCUGGAGUAGAGGUUAACCUGAUCACUCCUCUGGGUCUGGUCUGGAGUAGAGGUUAACCUGAUCACUCCUCUGGGUCUGGUCUGGAGUAGAGGUUAACCUGAUCACUCCUCUGGGUCGGUCUGAUAGAGUAACCUGAUUCUCCUCUGUCUGGUCGAGUAGGGUUAACCUGAUCACUCCUCGGCUGGUCUGGAGUAGGGUUAACCUGAUCACUCCUCUGGGUCUGGUCUGGAGUAGAGGUUAACCUGAUCACUCCUCUGGGUCUGGUCUGGAGUAGAGGUUAACCUGAUCACUCCUCUGGGUCUGCAGACAGGGGGACGGUUCAGAAGGUAAUUGUCCUGCCCAGAGAUGACCUGCAGACUGAGGAUCUGGUGCUAGAGGAAGUGGAGGUGUUCAGGGUGAGUCUCUCUUUCUCUCUUCUCCUGUUCUUCCUCUCUCUCUCUCUCUCCUUCUUUCCUCUCCCUCUACCAUUCCCUCUCUUUCUCUUUCGUGUUCUCUCUCUCUCCUUCCUUUUCCUCUCCCUUUCCCUCUCUUUCUCUUUCGUGUUCUCUCUCUCUCCUUCCUUUUCCCCCCUCUCUCUCUUUCUCUCUCUCAGUAGUAUCUUUCAAUUUUUUGUCUACCCAUUCCUCAUGUAAGAAACAUUUAUUCUGUAGAACAUCUUUCCAACUUUUAUUAUUCUCUUAAUAAGAUCUAUCCCUUACAUUUCAGGUGCCAACUCCCAUAACCACCAUGAAGAUUUCCUCCAAAAGGGUAAGUUGAACAUUCCACGGUCUGAUGGUUCAGUGCACACACGUUCAGAAUUGUCUUCCUAUAAAAUAUCACAUAAAUCACUGCAGAGCGUAAACCGUGAAUGCCAAAGUCUGGAUGAUGCUGACAUUUUCCAAUUGGUCUCUCCCUCUCUUCCUCCCUACAGCAACAGUUGUACGUGGGCUCAGUGUUGGGUGUGACCCAUCUGGCCCUCCAUCGCUGUGACGUGUACGGAGAGGUUUGUGCUGACUGCUGCCUGGCCCGGGACCCGUACUGCGCCUGGGACGGAAAGUCCUGUACCCGCUACUCUGCCUCGCAGAAGAGGUGAGUACCAAGAGAGCGUGUGUGCAUUUUUGUGUGUGUGUUGCUCAGGUAUGGGGGCAAGAACCUUUGCCAAAUGCCAAUACAAUGUUCUCUCAACAUUGUCUCUACUCUUUAAUUAUAUUUUGACAUUUACUGCAGACUUGCAGUUUGUAGAACAUUUUGUAGUUAACCUCUUUAUUUUGGGGAAUGUUGAUCUGACCCCUCUAGGCGCAGCCGCCGACAGGAUGUAAAGUAUGGUAACCCAAUCCGCCAGUGCAGAGGCUAUAACUCUAACGGUGAGCUGACAAGAACACUCUAACGUACCCAAAAUAGACACUCUAACAGUACUGAGGUUACCUUUCAGUGUGACAGCAGCAGUAUCCAAUAACAUCACACGUGUAUCAUAUUGUGAAAGGGGAAUGUGAUUUUGACACAGGACAUGAUUUUGUCAAUUCUACUACUGUGCUACUUCACUAACUGUUGAGCAGUAAUUGACUGAUUUGGUCUGAGAAAUUAUGCCUCAAACACAUGCAUGUAAUGUCAUGAUGCUUAUUAUUUGCUGCAGCCAAUAAGAACACACUGGAGAUGGUGCAGUAUGGGGUGGAGGGCAGCACUACGUUCCUGGAGUGUCAGGCUAGGUCCCCUCAUGUCUCUCUCAAAUGGCACCUGCAGAGGGAGAACAGCGACAGGAGGAAAGAGGUGAGUCAGGAACUCUCAUCCCACUGUAGCUGUACUGUACUCUACUGUAUUGAGUCUUAUACAGCCUGCUUUCUAAACAGGCUGAUAAUCAGAGGAAUGACUACUUUAUUAUUUAACAAUAUGGCCUGCUGUUUGUGGAAAAUGAUUGCUAAAUGAGUGCAAUGAUAAAUGAAUGACAUCUCCCUGCUGUCAGAUCCGCUCUGAGGGCCGGACACUGAAGACAGAGCAGGGUCUACUGCUGCGUUCCCUCCAGUCAUCAGACAGCGGUGUCUACCAGUGCACGUCCACAGAGAAGAAACUUCAAACACACGCUGGUCAAGCUGCAGCUGGUGGUCCUGUCCAGCCGCACGGUCAACAGCAUCCUGGUAGAGACAGGCAGCCCGGCCCUGCCACCCCUCCAGUCCAGCCCAUGGACCCCCAGCGCGGGUCAGUACAAGGACCUGCUGACCAUCCUGAGCCAGCCGGAGAUGGGCCUGAUCAACCAGUACUGUCAGGACUACUGGCAGCUGGGAGAGGGCAGUCCGGGGGACCCCAUGCUGGCCGUCGGUAAGGCCAAGGAACUGAAGGAGCUGAAAGAGCAGAAGAAGCCCCGCAACCGCCGGCAUCAUGACGAUGAGGAUGAUCACACCACCGCAGCCGAGACAUGA